AUGGCUGAUCAACAACAACAACAACAACCAUACGAGAAAAGAGUAUCACCUGAACAAUCAACAUCAACAUUUGUUAGAAUCGAACCACAAUUGAUAGACCCAUGCAUAGAUGCUGGUAUCUUUAAUGUUGUCAUUGUAGGCAAGAUUUACAGUUACGAUAACGCCACUAACAAAAUGGUACUUGGAGUCAGUGAUGAAAACCAGAUCACCGGUCAUGUUAAUAAUCAAAAGUAUAAAGAUAUGUGCAAGAGAGCCUACGACGAAGGUCAUGUUGUACAAGUAUUUUUCUUACUCAAACAGGGUGAUGUAACUCAUGAGUACUUUUUCGAAUUGUAUUUUAUUAACUCUUUCUUCUACUUCUCUCAAUUAACAGAUUUAGGUUUAUAUCAUUCAUGGAUUGAAUUGGCAACUUCACAUUUUAGACCAGAUAAAAGAGAAAUUAAUGAAGGUUUCAUUCCACUUUUCCCAUAG